CCUGUUUACUGGGUGAGGUUUAUACGGCUCUUGUCCCAGAUGAGUAAUGGCACUGCAAAGUGACUUUUGAGAGCUUCUGCCCAGAGUUUUAGGGAUUGUUGAGAAGAUCAGAGCAAAAGAGAGGGAGGGUGAAAGACAGUGAGAAUAAGGAGACUCAAACUCUCGAUUGAACAAACAAGACUCGCUUCACCAAAGAGCAACUUGUUGAAUAAAAGCGUUCAGUCAAAUUGGCAGAAAGAAGCAUUUGGAGGUUAAAGACUACAAGGCAAAUGAUAAAAAAAAGACUGAGAACCUUCCUAAAAUAUGGACCGUUUUUCUGAGAUAUCGUGCUUUUUCUUUUUUUCAGCCUAAACGGGGAAGUUGCUGAGAUUGAGAUGAGGUUUCAUUUGAUUUAAGAGCUGACCUGAGAAAGAACAUCUUCUAACCCAACAGGGUAUGUCCAGUGGGCCGCAGGAGUCCUGAAAUUCCCUUUAAAGCUUAUCUCCAAAUCUGAUUCUGUGUAUGAGCCAUGGGGACCUUCGUUGGAGGAUAUUUUAACGUCACCUCUGAGUGCUCUGUCAAUGCCACGUACCGCCACUUGGGGGUGCCCUACUUAAAGAAGCUGGCCCAUUUGGACGAAGCUGUCUACCAGGAAUUCUACGUUCUCUGGAUUGCGCUAAUAGUAGUAAACUCGCUCAUGUUUGUGGUUGGCGUCAUUCUGAACAGCCUAGCACUCUACGUUUUCUGCCAGCAGAGUCGUUCUCGGACGACACCCGGCAUAUAUACCAUAAACCUAGCAGUGGCCGACCUGCUAGUGGCGCUGUCACUCCCUGCACGCAUCGCUCUCUACCACAGCGGUGGUAACUGCAUUGCCUGUUUCUAUGUCCACACCUUCAGCUACUUCGUAAACAUGUACUGUAGCAUCUUAUUCCUCACCAGCAUAUGCGUCGACCGCUACAUGGCAGUUGUGCGAUCCACAGGGACCGUAGGACGCUGGCGAAGCCCCGCAGUCGCUAAAAUCGUAAGCGUUUGCGUGUGGUUGUUCGCCGUGGUAGUCACCUAUUCCCUGCAAACCUCCGCUCUUGAGUUCCUUGGCAUGUCUUGUUGUCGUUUAGCUGUUCAUUUUGCCCUAACUUUGCUGGAAUUCGUAUUGCCGCUUUUAGUCAUAGUAGCGUUUACCAUACGCGUAGCAUGUGCGCUGGCGGACGGCAGGCUCAUGCCGCAGAGCUGGGGUCGCCGCACACGCGCGGUAAGGCUGCUCGUAGCUGUUCUAGUGGUGUUCACUAUUUGUUUUACACCGUAUCAUGUGCGAGAGGCUGUGGUGUAUUUCCAGCUAGGGGGCAGCAGAGAGCAGCACGUAGUGGCAUACCAUGCUACAAUCACUCUCAGCAGUUUAAACAGCUGCCUCGAUCCUGUGGUUUACUGCUUUGUACCGGAUAGUUUCCGCUCUACUCUUCGCAAAGAACAGAGAAAGAGGUUGGCAGAACAUCCAAUCGCAAGGGGUAACCGGAGCGACAAAGGUUCUGGAACGCCUACGGCCAUUGCGUACAGUGUGGCGACGCUCACUCUAACACCAUAUUUACUGCCACCCAGAGACGUCCCUGCCUGAAAUGAGUGACAGAGAGAAAUGAAACUCUAACAGGCACUUUAGCAAGAGAUAUUAGAAAUGUUGACAACCACACACAGUAUGCAUGUUGUCUUUUUGUGAAAUGUGUUGCUUGAAAAGUGCACUCGUUCUACCUUUCUUUCAAACAAAUGUCAUUUCCUUUGAUGUUUUGUUAAUACAAUGCCAUUCAGACAUUUUUAAGUGUGACUGAAGUGUCCAAAUAUUUUUGGGGGCCAUACAUUACAGUGAACUCUUACACCCUACACGGAGUUCUCGUGCGAGCUGUUUAUUUUGCUCCUCACUUGAUUUAAUGUAGCUGUUCGCUCAUGUGUUUGUUUAGAGAGACCACACUGAGAACUGAGUGCCAUGCAAGUGUAAAGUGGUCGGAAUUCACAUUUAUAGACACAUUUCAUGGUGAAAGUAAAGGUAAAGUUAAACAACUUUCGCAUUACCAAGAGCAAAACAGUGGCAUGGGUCAUAUUAUAUA